AUGUUCUUGGGCGCAAAUUUCUACUUAAAAAUUGUAACACUUUGCGCUAUUAGUGGCGCCCUCACACUAUCCACAGCCCCGUCCCAAUCGCAGUCCACAUCCGUGUCCACAUCGACAUCGCAGGAACAACUGCCGCAGCGCAUUUAUGGUUUGCUAGAUAAAUUAUCUAGUGGCAGGAAACUCAAUGCGAGUGCCAAGUUUGCAUUGUUGUUGGCCGAAUUCCUGAUAAAACAGAAAAUGCGUUAUGUGGCUCCCACUCGAUACGACAGACAGUUGUACUAUCAUCUGCUGCACCGUAUGGAGUUUUUGAUGAAGAAUGCGAAUCUGGACAGUAUAAACCAAAUAGAAAUGCAAAUACUGGAAAACGCCUUUCAGCGCAAUGUGUUGUUGCUGCCUCCUAGUCUAAAAUAUGGCGCCUUGAAUGCAAAUGCUGAAUACGAGCAGCUGGCUUAUAAUUAUGAGAAUCUGGUUAAUAAGGGACAUCCCAACGGCACACAGUCGGAUCUCUGCAUGCGUGAUAUAGUUUAUCUGAACCCUAAGAAGUGCAAACUCAGUCUGGACUGCCUUAAAGUGUUGACCAGCGGGGAUGUUGCCUAUGGAUAUCAUCGUACGCAUCAAGUACUUCUGCUUUAUAUGCUGGCACAUCACAAAUGUGCACCCACAUUGAGUCCUCCCAAGCUUUAUGAGGAACUGGCCAAAGGUCACUGCAACGAGAUUUUGAGCGAACAAAAUGCCAUACGCAGUCUGGCUUUGGGAUUGGGAAAGUAUAAAGAUUUAUACUUGGAGCAAGCUACAAUCUGUGGACUGUUUGGCUAUAAUGAGUUUCUCAACUGGCGGAAUGUGAUGGAAAUUGACAGUUGGUUUCCUGAUGACCCUAAUAACGAGCACAUUAACGACUUGGCCCUGGUGUUCUAUGUAAACGCGUUGCUGCUGCUGCAUUAAAUGAUGAUAAUGUUAAUGCUGUUUACGCUUUAUAUUUUGCUGCUAACUGUUGCUUCUGCUGCUUCUCUCUUCUCUCUCUCUCUCUCACUCUCUGUUAAUGCUAACUGCUUUAUAACUGAAUAAAGUAUGGCUUUAUUGCUUGAUGGUUGUGUGAUGAUGAGUGAAGGACA